AUGAAAGUCAUCGAGCUCAGCCUUCUGGCUCACUUUGCCAGCUCCGCCAGCGGGCUUGCAUUGGGCCAGCAGCAAAGUGAGAAGUUCGGUCUCAAUGCUGACUGGAUCCACAACGACCUUGUACAGGCUCGGAAAAAUGGAUCACCCACGUCCUCUUCUGUUCCGUUAUCCACUCCUUCUGCGGAUCCCAACGCCUGGAAGAAUAUGCAAUGUUCCCAGAUCCAAGGAGAUACCAAGCAACAGUGGGAGGAAGCCAAUGCCAAGGUCGCCUGGGACACUACUCUUGCGGCGUGGCAGACUGAUCCAAAUGGUGGCUUCCCUCAAUACGUCAGCACUUAUCUGCACGGGCCGAGUGGCAUGCGAUGUACUGAUAUCUCGAGUGAGAACCGCUGUUCCCAGCCGGUCGAUUGCCAGGGUGCUACCAUUCCUGCCGGAGCAAUGAUUUUGAAUGGGUUCGCAGGUAUUCAUCAGCUGCAUGCAUCGGCCUACCAGGCAAUCGAAACGGUUCAGAUCGACGUCACAGACCAGUCUGGCACCUUCACUUCUACCUUUGCACCUCAACCGCCGGACAACUCGCUGCUUGAGAAGAACAUUUUCGACGCUUGCAAUCUGGUUCUAAGCUUCGGGAUCUCGAUGAUUUUCAACGUUGCUCUCAAGAAUAUGGAAAGUCUCAUCCUCAAAGGCAUUGCCGGUGAUAUGACCUCUGCUGUCCAAAGCACUGUCGGCACCUACUGGAAGACCAAUAUAAAAGGUGCUACGGAAGGACUCAAGGCGCAGAACACCAUUGCUUCUUACGUGGGCGAGACGAUGAGCACAUGGAAAGAUCUGGAGGCACAAUACCUGCAGUCGAUCUUUUCGGGAAAUGCGGGCUCCAAUGGUACCGAUGCUCUCUAUGCACUAAUUGACAAUGGCUCUAUGACAAGAGUCGCGGGUAAUCUAGAUCUCAGCAGCACCAGCGAUCAAGUGAAGAAGAUAGUUUACGGACAGAUGAUCCCCUACGCAUGGAGCGUCUCACCUAGUGGAUCGCGGCCUUUUAUUUGGCAAAGCGAUGAUUCUUGUGAUGGGUCGACUAAAUCCAUCCCCGAAAGCGCCAGGUACCUCAUGACGGACGACACUGCGGUCAAGACUAAUGUAUGCUACCGUGGAAAAGUUCAUUACGUUCUGAAUGCGCAUAACAAUCCCGGUGACUCUUUUUCUACCAUGCCCCUUCCUGGUGGUGAUCAUAUGACCCUAGAUGGAUCUGCGUGGGGUGGUGUCAUCCUCGAGGAUAUCGUUGAGAGCAGUGUGGAAGGGUGGAUCGCAAACAACAAUCAGAACGGCUACCCACGCCCGGACAUGGAUAAGAUUAUCACCAACUUCGGUAGUGAGGUCCCCAGCAUUCGCACAGCCGGUUUCUUCAAUCUGCCAGUCUGUGGGAAUGUGUCCGCUAUUAGCCAGUCUCUGGAACAAGGGGAUGGGAACUCGCCCUACUGGCCUUGUGAUGCUCCUGAAGGGUACACUAGUGGUGGCACCAAUAUUCACGUUAGCAGUGGAUGCAUUGUGAUCAAUGAUGCGAAGCGCUGCCAGAACUGGGGUGGACCAUACAACGUCGCCGACCAGAACAAAGGAAACAGCACGGCCACUAUAUACGCCCAGUUUGAUGGCGACAACACUCUUAACCAAAAGGUCACACCCGGUUGCAAGAUUCAGCCCUCGUGGCCUCGCGGCUACGGUGAUCUCGACUUCACCGACAACUGUCUGAAAGACCGCAAUGGCCAGAACAUUAAGUGCUGCAGCAGUGAUACGGCCACUACAGAUGUUGUAGAAAACCCGUAUGCCAAAUAG